GGGUUUUUUUUGUCCAAAAGCCUCGUUUGGUACUCUCUGGAAGUCUGGAUGGUUCGCUGGUCUUGACCUAGGGUUUGGUGUUCCCUUCUCUGAGAGCCAUGGAGAACCACCAUAAGCGGAAGCGCGACGAAGCGCCGGCGAGUCCUACGGCCUCCGUGGAGGCCGCCAACGGCGGCGGAGAGAUCGACCUCUCCCUCCUGGAGGCGGUGGAGAAGUCCCAGAACGGCGGCGUGGAGGUCCUCGACCUCCGCGCUCUCAAGAAGCUGGUGCUCUCCUUCGAGCGCCGCCUCCGCGACAACCUCGAAGCCCGCAUGAAGUAUCCCGACCAGCCGGAGAAGUUCGCCGACACCGAAAUCGAGCUCCACGAAGAGAUCGAGCGACUCAAGAUCCUCGCUGGCGGCCCCGAGCUCUACCCGGACCUCGUCGCCCUCAACACCGUCCCCUCCAUCGUCGGUCUCCUCGGCCACGACAACACCGACAUCGCCGUCGACCUUGUCGGCCUCCUCAUGGACCUUACCGACGAGGACGUCCUCGAGGACAACGAUGAACCCGCCCGCGUCCUCGUCGACGCCCUCGUCGAGAAUAACGCCCUCGAGCUCCUCGUCCAGAACCUCGGCCGCCUCUCCGAGGCCGACCCCGACGAAGCCGCCGCCAUCUAUAGCACCCUCGCCACCAUCGAGAACAUGAUCGAGGUCAAGCCCACGGUCGCCGAGCUCGUCUGUGAGCGGACCAAGCUCCUGCGCUGGCUCCUUGGGAGGGUCAAGGUCCGGGAGUUCGACGCCAACAAGCAGUACGCGUCAGAGAUCCUAGCGAUCCUGCUGCAGAACAGCACGGCUAACCAGAAGAGGCUGGGACAGAUGAAUGGUGUCGACGCGAUGCUGCAGGCCGUGGCCAUGUACAAGUCGAAGGACCCUAAGAGCACGGAUGAGGAAGAGAUGCUGGGGAACCUGUUCGACUGCUUGUGCUGCUUGCUUAUGCAGAUGGAGAACAAGGAGAGAUUCUUGAAGUCGGAGGGGGUGGAGUUGAUGAUCAUCAUAAUGAAGCAGAAGAAAUCUGCUUAUGGGUCGGCAAUCAGGGUCCUUGAUUUCGCGAUGACAAAGUAUCCUCCAGCUUGCGAGCGAUUUGUGGAUGUGUUGGGCUUGAAGACGGCAUUUGCUGCUUUCAUGGGUAAGAUUCCGGUGGGCAGGAAAAAUAACAAAGAGAGCUACCAAGAGGAGUUAGAAGAGCGACUGAUUUCGCUGAUUGCAUCAUUAUUUGGUGGUAUUGUGAGAGGUUCAAGAAGGGACAGAUUGUUAAGCAAAUUUGUAGAAAAUGAAUGUGAAAAAAUCGACCGACUGAUGGAACUCUAUAUGCGGUAUUCUGACAGAGUUAAAGCCGAGUCUGAACGACUUAGUGGACUUGAAUUGGAUGAUUGGGAGAUGGAUGAAGAGGAGCGUUACAAUCGAAAACUGGAAGCUGGGCUCUUUACUCUUCAAUUGAUUGCAGUUAUUCUGGGCCAUCUCUGGUGUUCUGAGCACCCACGCAUGAGGGCAAGAAUAGAACUACUACUUAGACAACAGAGAUUGACAAAGAAGGAUGUGAAGGAUAUACUUCAGGAAUAUCAUGAUAAUAUUGGAGAUAUGGAUGGACCUGAAGAGAAGGAGCGAGCACAAGCAAAGAUCCAAAAAUUCAUUGCUGCAUUGUGAGUGGUACCAAAGCAUCAGUUGUGGGGAUUUCAAUUGUGGAAGUGGUAUUGAAGGCUGUCCCAAAGUCCGAGUUCUGUCCUGGGAUGCUAGUGGAUGUUAACAUGAUGAUAUAUAGCUUUAAGAGUUUUAAAAUAUUUAAACGUGAUAGUAAAUUCUAAGCAGGAUUGCGUUGUUUGUUGAACUCAAAAGGCAUAUUAUUGUUGAGAAAUCAAUGCAUAACCUAGGAAUUCCGGCAUAUCAAAGUGAAGUUGCUUGAGUGUCCACACCCAUCCGGUGUUGCAUUUCUCCCUCCAACAUAGGGAAGUCACCUUACGCUUCUCAGUUUUUAACUGAUUAGCAUUGUACGUUUGCUUGCUUAUGAUUCCAACAUAAUUAUGUG